UGGAGCUGCUGGAUCUGAGACGCACUGAGACUCAGCAAGGGAGAGGAGGCUGCUUUCUUCUAAUUGCCAGGGGUUUUUGGCAAGUAAAUGGGGCUGCAACCAACUGACAAAUAAACCAGAGGAGAAGUUUUGGAAUGCUGUUUGCCUUGCACCCAGAAAGAAGUAACAAAAAAUGAAUAAGAGUUGCUCUUUGGUAUUAGAGAAAAGCCUCACAGUUGUUUGAAGCAGAAGACAACAGAUAAAGGCUGAUAAUACUCCUGAAUGCUCCUAUCGAGAGAGAAAUAAGCAACCCAUUACAAGGAACUAGUAGUUUGACAUUGUAUUUAGGGAUAAAGCAACUUAUAUUCACCCCUUCAAAUGGACUUGUUCAAUAUAGUUGUGAACUGAAUGAAAGUGAUUUAAGGAAGAAGAGAUACAAGUGACACUAACAGGAUGGCAGUGGUACAGAAGGUGCUCAUAUCAGUGCUGUUUCGCUUUUGGUUAAUUCUCGGGAGUGGAGUGCUGGAAGCCCAUAGCAGCCGACCAAGGUUACGACUGUCUCACAGAGAGCUGUGGGAUUUAAACCGAACCUCCGUUUUUUACGGCCCACGUGGUUUUUUGGACCUAAGAACAAUGUUCCUGGACGAGUAUCAAGAACGCUUGUUUGUGGGAGGUCGGGACCUUAUGUAUUCUCUGAACUUGGACCAAGUUAACGAAGAGUACAGAGAGAUACACUGGCCCAGCACACAUACUCAGGUGGAAGAAUGUCAAAUGGAAGGCAAAGAUGUGACUGAAUGUGCAAAUUUUAUCCGGGUCUUUCACCAAUAUAACAGAACUCAUCUUCUGGCUUGUGGGACUGGCGCUUUUGAUCCUAUAUGUGCCUACAUUAGGGUGGGCCAUUGGACAGAGGACAGGCUGUUUAAACUGGAGAUUAACAUGACUGAGAGUGGGAGAGGCAGAUGUCCAUUUGAGCCAAACAGCCCUUGUGUUUCUACCUUAAAACGGGGCGAGUUAUUUGUUGGGCUCUAUACGGAUUAUUGGGGAUAUGAUGCUGCUAUUUAUCGGAUGGACCACCUUUCCUACACAAGAACAGAACGGAAUGAUGAACGGCAGUUAAAAGAACCCAAGUUUGUUGGCUCGUAUGUUAUCCCUGACAAUGAUGACCACGAGGAUGAUAAAGUGUAUUUCUUCUUCACCGAAAAAGCAAUUGAGGCAGAUGGUGGUGCGGUUUAUACAAGGGUUGGGAGAGUCUGUGCUAAUGACCUUGGAGGACAAAGAAUGCUGGUAAAUAAAUGGACCACUUUACUCAAAACACGACUUAUUUGUUCUGUGCCUGGGCCUAAUGGAAUUGACACAUAUUUUGAUGAAUUGGAGGAUGUGUUCCUACUCCAAACACGAGAUGAUAAAAAACCUGAGAUUUUUGCCCUAUUCAGCACUACAAGCAAUGUAUUUAAAGGAUAUGCUGUGUGUGUUUAUCAUAUGGCUGAUAUUCGAGAUGCAUUCAAUGGGCCAUAUGCACACCAAGAAGGACCAGAAUACCAUUGGGUAGCAUAUGAGGGAAAAGUGCCAUUUCCAAGACCUGGAUCAUGUGCCAGUAAGAUGAAUGGAGGUCAGUACACUAGUUCCAAGGGUUACCCAGACGAUGUCCUUCGCUUUGUGCGUGCUCACCCUGUAAUGUACCAGCCUGUCUACCCUGUAAACAAGAGACCAGUUCUUCUCAGAACAGAUGGGAAAUACAAUCUCAAACAGAUUGCUGUGGACAGAGUUGAAGCAGACGAUGGAUACUACAAUGUUCUUUUUGUAGGAACAGACAAUGGCAUUGUACAAAAAGUGAUCACAAUAUACAACAAGGAAACUGAAACUAUGGAAGAAGUAAUUCUGGAAGAACUACACAUUUUCAAGGUUCCUGCCCCGAUAGUGGCAAUGGAAAUUUCUGUUAAAAGACAACAACUGUACAUCGGUUCUGAAUCUGGAAUAGCUCAGGUAAAGCUCCAUCAGUGUGAUGUGUAUGGAACAGCAUGUGCUGACUGCUGCCUGGCUAGGGAUCCAUACUGUGCCUGGGAUGGGGUGACAUGCUCCAGAUAUUACCCAGCUGGAAUACUCACUAAAAGACGCUUCCGUAGACAAGAUGUCCGUCAUGGUAACGCGGUGCAACAGUGUCGUGGACAGCAUACACACGGGGGGGUUUCAGAAAUGGCUGAGGAGAAGCUGGUUUAUGGUAUCGAACACAACAGUACACUACUUGAGUGCACGCCAAGGUCUCCACAGGCAAAUGUUCUCUGGUUAAUACAAAGGAAUUAUGACAACUGGAAGGAUGAAGUGAAAACAGAUGAAAGAAUUGUAAAAACAGACCAUGGCCUUUUAUUCCUGAAACUGCAUCGGAUGGAUGGUGGGACUUAUAUUUGUCAGACAGUGGAGCAUGGCUUCAUCCACACAGUUACUAAGAUCACCCUAGAGGUCCUGGAAGAGGAGAGAAUUGAGGACAUGUUUAAUAAAGAUGACGAGGAAGAGCUACACCAUAAAGAACCUUGCCCUGCACCGCAGGGGUUGUCUCAUGGGUCCAAUCGGCUUUGGUACAAGGAGUUCCUUCAGUUGAUAGGAUACAGCAACUUCCAAAGGGUGGAGGAAUACUGCGUGAGAGUCUGGUGCACAGACAAGAAACGGAAAAAGCUGAAAACACUACCAGCCAAAUGGAAAUACUCCCAAAUACAGGAGAGGCAAACCAAGACAAGAGGGGAACGCCACAGAAGUCCUAGACAUGCCCGGGAUACUUGAUGAUUGUAGGAAUUUUACUGGAGAUAACUAUUAAAAUGUGCUCAAGAACAUUGUGAUCUUUAUAUAAUACAGAUACCUGUGUUAUGCUUUGUGUAUUAAAGCAACAUUUUCUAUAAGUACUCUGAAACUAUACAAGGAUAGGUCUAACUGGAAUAUGGUCAAUCUAUAAUACUAAUUAAGAGCAUAAUUGUACAAAGAUGAACUAUUUACGCCGCUAAAUGUUUCUGUUGAUCCUUGCACAGGUCAUUGACUCAGGUGUAUAAAUUCUUAAAUAAAAAGCACAGUAAUGGUGACCAAAAUCCAGUGUUACUUACUGUAAGCUACUAAGGAUUUACUUAUGUUGCCUUAACUGGAAUUAUAUAAUAUGAAACCUUUAUAAUAAAAAGCCAAAAAAGCAUUACAGCAUUUUAAAAAAUUGGACUGUAGGAUAUUUGUCAGGCCACUUUCUAUCUUCCUGAGUUGUCAGCACAUCAUCAAAACCAGUGUGGUUCAGAUGGUUGCAGAUCGAGCUUUUUGGCUGACCAGUCAAUUUGAUUGGCUGUUUGGCUGUGUUCUGACUUAUGCUUAAGCAAUAGAGCCAGUCGAUGCGUGCGCUACCGUGUGGUAGAUGACCGUGACUGGAGUUAAGCGUCCCGAGACAUUGAUUUGCUGUUCAGUAGCUGGGAAUUGAACCUUCAUUACGGUUUCCUGUCACAGACAUGAUUUCCCUUGUCUCUAUACCAGCAUCAGAAAGUAUGUUUAAGUAGCUUUUUAUGUUACGAAAUUAGUUGUAGAUUAGAAUAUUAAUAGAAAAAGACGGUAUUUAUGAACAGAUUGAUUUUAAAAUGUAAUUCACAGUUAAACACUUCAAUGUUCCAGCGGGCAUCUAUGCAAAAUAGAAGCCCGCUAGAUCUGGAAGCUGAUUUGCUGUUCACGCUCAUCGUUUUGUAAUCAUGAAUAUACAUUUUACUUCUAUUAAUAUGAUCCGCUGUGAGAAUCCUUGCAAACCGCACAGCCCUGAACUCGACAAAACCCCCAACACAACUACUAGUCAAUCACGCACUGUCUGAAUAACAAGCCAGAAGUAUCCCACUUUCUUCAAAUGGAAACCUCAAAUUCUUCUAAAUACACCAGAAUGUAUAUUUAAGGUUUUUGGCUGGGUUUCUUUCUGAGCGGCCCGCUUGCCUUUAAGGUUGUAAUUAGCAUCAUUAAACUAUCUCAACAAGCUCAACUAUUUUGAUAUCUGUACAUUAUUAAAACGACAGCGAUGAUCGCUUUACCGUCGCUGCUUGGAGGUUGUAUCUACAUUAACUGUUUCAUAAAACAAAGACUUCACCCUCGCUAAACUCGACAAAUAAAAUUAACUAUGAUUGUGAUGAUUAAUUAUGUGUUUGCAUUAUAAGAGCGCUACUUAAAAUGCAGAGCAAUUCAUUUCAUUCCGCCGCCUUUAUUCUGCAUGUUAAGUUGUUCGCUGGAGUAGAAAGAAAUCUUAACUACACACAUCAAUCACUCUACAUGAGCAAGAUGUUAAAAAACACAGUAUAGAUAGCAGCAGGACUUGGGAACUCAGAAUCCAUUUAUUUUGCGGCAAUGCAAUGUGCAAAAGAGCUUAGAUAAGUAUGAUUUUUUUUUUUUUUUUUUUUUUUUUACCUUAGCUGGCUACAGCCUUGAACACUCACUUUAAAUAUUACUUUACACUGACUCACAAUGUACUUGUCCCUAAAAUUGAACUCAACUACACCUUUUAUGAAGUAUAUUAAGUGCUACAUGUACACAUAAGAUUCACGUUUACUUGUUAUGCAUUCUGAAAUAAAUAAAUAAAUAAACAUCAAUUUCACACAAAUAUAAUCGUUAAACAUCAGCAGCAGAAAGGUGGCCACUCGAUCAUACUCAUGUACCAUAUUCUAGUUUCCUUUUCUUGUGUCAGAUGGGGACAUGCAUAGCAUCAAAAUAAAGGCGAUGCAUUACUAUUUAACAUGUUAAUAGCACAUAUGUUAUUGAGCUAUUUAAAUUUUAAACAAGAAGUUUCGUUUCCACCCUUCCAUUUCUGUUCAAUGACGCGUUUGGUCACGUGAAAAGUUGGUUAGUUUUAGCUCAGGGAUGUUCAUAUAUUCCUGGACUAAAUCUAAAUGCUUUUUAUGCCCUGUAAAAGUUUAGAUUUGGGAUGAGAAAUGUAUAGUUAAUCCACCUUGUUUACAUUUCUUUGCACAUAAAUGAUUAUGAAAUAGCACAUAAGAGAAAGGAAAGGGAAAACACCCUUCUGACAAACACAGUGAAAUUAUACUGAAACUGUAUAAAAAUGUCAAGGCUGGAGUAUGUUUAACUGCUCCAAAGAGUAUUGUAUAGAGGAUACUGCAUAGUUUUAUAUAGUUUUAAACGAAAUGGAAAAAAAAAAUAUAUACACAAGA